AUGAAAAGAAUCAUUUUAAAAUCCUUUGUUUUGAAAAAUACUGCUGGUCUCGUUAAUAAGUACCAUCACACUACGUAUUGUUGUGAAUAUUCAAUAAUCCGCAAUAUUCAUUCCACCAAUCCGUUCUCGAGCGAUACUUCCUGGACAUCCCCCAAGCCUCCUGUACCCUCUAUUACAAAUUCCAAAGUUCUUUCUGAGCCCGCUAAAGCCGCAGCGAAGAAUGAGGAUCGACACAGGCCUCGAGUUAAGAUAGAGGAUAUUAUAAAAUUCGAGAAGCAAAAACGUAAGGAGAGAAAGCGAGAAUAUCGAAGAGAGUUUUACAAAAAGAAUUAUAAAGAUCGAGUCAACCUUGAAUUACUUGAAGACUUUCCCAGGUGGCUACACGGAAUUAGAAGGGGAUUCAAAAGAUACGCGAAGUUAUUUGAAGGUCAAAGGUGGCAGGACGUAAUAGAAUACACGUGGGAGGAUUUGUGUAGACUGGGUAUGAAAAAUGGAAUCGACCGAGGUCAUUUGGUUAAGCAUUUUUGGAUGGUCAAAAAAGCAUUGAAUGAACAAAAGGCAAACAAUGCAUCUAGGGAAGAGGAAAAACGUGAAAGUGUAAAGAAUGAACCUCUUCAAGGAGAGUAA